AUGCAGGAUCAGGCUGAAGCUAUUCCACCUCCAGGUCAACAAGAUGACAGCCAAAAAACCUCUCAUUGGUAUGAGUGCUGCCUGCGUCGUAGCAGAGCCCUCCCUCCAGAUGCGACACGAUGGGAUCGUCUGCGUCACAACCUCCUCUGCCCGCCUGGAGUCAACCUGGGACGCGCGUGCAUCUUCCUCAUGGCCAUUCCAGUCAUCUGGCUGGCUGGAUAUUGUCUCACUGGUCAGGAAAUGCUCCCGGGUGGAAAUCUCUUCAAGAUGUACAUCCUGUUCAUCGCUUGCCUUCUUGGUGGGUGGCUGAUGGAGAUGAUUAGUUUCCCGGGACUCCUUGGAAUGUUAUUCGUCGGCAUGAUCGUGGGGAACCUGGAGCGCCAGAUGGGUUGGAUGACUCAACCGAUCCGGCAAGAUUGGUCCGGGGAAACUAGAGGCCUUGCCCUGAUCGUGAUUUUCAUAUGUGCUGGGCUUGAACUGAAUCCGGAGCAAUUGAGGCGUUUGAGUCUGACGGUGAUUCGACUGGCGUUCGUUCCCUGCGCUGUCGAGGCUGUCACAAUUGCCUGUAUCUCGUACUUUGCGCUAGGCUUCCCUUGGACCUGGGGUUUCAUGUUGGGCUUCGCAUUAGCAACCUCAAGUACUGCUGUUGUCGUUCCUUGCAUGCUAAGCAUUCAAAGGAAGGGGUACGGUGUCGCUAAAGGUAUCCCCACGUUGCUGAUCGCUGCAUCGUCCAUCGAUGACAUCCUUGCUAUCUCCAUAUUUGCCAUAUUUCUGGGCAUGACUUUCUCUGAAGGUUCUAUUAUGAACAAGAUGUUCAUGCCAUUUGUCGAAGUCAUUGUUGGGCUUCUAUAUGGAACCAUUUUUGGCAUCAUUCUUUGGUUUGUCCCGAAUCGCAAAGAUAAAUUCGCAAUUGUCGAGAUCCGUUCCAUGAUGUUAUUGUUCGGUGGCAUUGCAGCAUACUUUGGAAGCAUCAUAAUCGAGAUGCAUUCAGGUGGUGCCUUGGGAGUGCUGACGAUGGCUUUUGUGGCCAGCUUAGGGUGGCGUCGGCAAGGUUACGAAGACGACAAUCCAGUCUCACAAAACUUCAAUUAUCUUUGGUUGAUUCUCCAGCCUCUACUCUUCGGACUCAUCGGGACUGAGAUGGACUUUGCUCAGAUCAAACCCACAACUAUUGGAUAUGGGCUUAUCGUUAUCUGCGGUGGUCUUUUCAUUAGGUGUUGCGCUUCCUAUGUUUCUUUGUUUGGAGGUGAUUUCAACGCCAAAGAGAAACUUUUUUCGGCGGUUGCGUGGAUGCCCAAAGCCACAGUCCAAGCUGCAAUCGGUCCUUAUGCACUCGACGCGGCCAAGGCCAUGCCCGAUCCAAACCCCCAGUUCAUCGAAUGGGGACGUGACAUAGUCACCAUCGUCGUCAUGGCCAUCCUCAUUUCAGCUUCCAUCGGGACGAUCUUCAUAGGAUGUUGCUCCUCCAAGUUGCUGGAGAAAUCCACGGAUGUAGAAAGAAAAGAUUCCCGCAAGACCCCUUCCGAGAGGAUGGAUGACAAUGGGGUCCUGGACAGAUCUCCGUCGACAGCCGCCAGCCACGCACCUUCUUCAUUCAUCGUCAUCGACCACCAAACAAAAUGA